AUCACUCCCAAGAUGCAAUUCCUAUGAAGCGAGAACAACAUGGCAGCAGCGCCCAAUAUGAAGUGUUGAAAGUCUCAGAAAUCUUAGCAGGGGAACAUUCUGUAAAAACGAAUGAUUUGAAUUAUACGUAAUUUCCAUAUUCCAGGUUGCUGUGAAAAUGAGGGGGAUCCACUUCUUAAAACAACUUGGAACGUCCGGCAAGGCUCUCUCGGGGCUGUCUUUGUACUUCACAUCAAGGUCAAAGCCUGUCAGGUACUGCAUUACAGGAUUGUUUGCCAGUGGCAUCACCUUAUACUAUACAGCAAAACAUCAGGUGUGUCAUGCAGCGACACUAAAACUUGAUUCAUCUAAAUGGAUGUCAGAACCUCUGACAGAUUUGAAUACUUUAGAAAAGAACCAAAAUGAUAUGAAGUGCAGAGUGGAGGCGAUGAUAAUGAGGAUACAGGCAGAUGUAUGCCAUGCCUUAGAAGAGCUGGAGCCAGAGGGAGAUAAAUUCCUUGUAGAUAAAUGGCAUAGAGCUGAGGGGGGUGGAGGAGUAACAUGUGUCCUACAAGAUGGAGUCACAUUUGAAAAGGCUGGCGUCAAUGUGUCUGUGGUACAUGGAACAUUGCCUCCAGGUGCUGUGCAACAAAUGAAGUCCAGAGGCAAAAACUUUAAAUCCCAGACCCUUCCGUUCUUUGCAGCUGGUGUAAGCUCUGUAAUUCACCCUAGAAAUCCUAUGGUUCCCACAAUGCAUUUCAACUAUCGCUACUUUGAGGUGGUAGAUGAGGGUGGAAAGAGAAUAUGGUGGUUUGGUGGGGGAGCUGAUCUCACACCAUAUUAUUUGGAUGAAAAAGAUGCCAAGCACUUUCAUAAGACACUUAAGGGUGCCUGUGAUAAACAUGAUAAAGGUUACUAUCCCAGGUUCAAGAAGUGGUGCGAUGAAUAUUUCUUCAUUAAACAUAGAGGCAUGACAAGAGGAGUUGGUGGAAUUUUUUUUGAUGACAUUGACGAGCCCUCGCAGGACAAGUGCUUUAAAUUUGUAGAGAGUUGUGGUGAUGCCAUUGUCCCAGCUUACAUACCUAUAGUUCAGAAAAACAAGAAUUCUGGCUAUGGUUAUGCUGAAAGACAAUGGCAGCUGAUACGCCGUGGUCACUAUGCAGAGUUCAACCUGAUCUAUGAUCGGGGAACAAAGUUUGGCCUGCAGACGCCAGGGGCAAGAUAUGAAAGCAUCUUGAUGUCCUUGCCCCUCAAUGCUAAAUGGGAAUACCGCCAUGAACCCAAGCCAGGUUCUCUAGAGGCAAAGUUGACGGAGGUGCUUAAGAAACCCAGGGAGUGGGUCUAGUGACCAGAGACAAUAAUUUUAUUGAAUAUAUAAAUAUUCAAUAUCUUUUCAGUAAUAAAUGGAGACGUGAAGCAAGCGCAUUGUAAAGUAGCUGGUAGUGGAAGUUGUAGCUACAUGGUAACAUGGUUGUUACACACCAAAGCAAUCCCAUUUUGUACAGCUGACAGAACAUCAAGGGGACAUUAAGCAAUUCUGAAAUGUGCAUUAAAUUUUGAAUUGUGUUUAGAUGCUUAAAAUAUACUAGCUCUAAAUAUAUACACUUAUGCAUUGUAACUUAGUAUAACUACUAUAUCCAGCUUUGGUUAACUUUCUUUUUUCCUUCUGUGGCCCAAUGAGAAAUUGGUGUUUCUGUACCGUAAGUUAAUCAUAGCAUGUAAGAUAACAUCAGGGUGUGUUCACGGAGUUUAAGAGGGUAAUGAAGGACAAAAAUUUUAUAGCUUUAGUCUGGUAGCUGCAUCCUAUUAUCGAACCACAGAUUAUUGGAGACAUAAGGUCCCUCGUGGGUUUGUAGGAAACCUGGAUUGUCGCACAGCAGGCACUGAGGGUAUGGUCAAACACAUAAUGGAUAUCACACCAAUAUUAACACUGUUUUUGCCACAUGAAACAUUCCUUAAAGGACAAUUAUGGUGUUAGGGAUGGAUGAAUGAUGAAAGGAAUAGUUUUAAGCAAAAAAAAUAACUGGGCAUGUUGCUGUUCUGGUGGUUGAGGGGAUUUUUUUUCUAGUCAUUAUUUAAUGUUUUCUAGUCAUAUUUUUAUGUGUAUAUUCUUUAACCAAAAAAAUUGUUGAUGAUAUUGUGCCACCCUUUUUCUCUAGUUAAGGAGGCUUCAGUAGAAUACAAUUUCACCCUAAUUACUUUA